UCUUUCCACACUGAGAGCCUUCUAGUGCAUUCGGAACUUCAGAGCUCAGUUGUUCCGGUCUUUUGCUUUCGUCUUGCCCUCUGGUGGCUGGCGCGUGUUACGCAGACUCCCUGCUGGCGCAGCAUAACAAGUCCGCGGCGCUUUUCCUGCUAGCCACAGAAAGGUGCCCCGGGGGCCUGGAUGCAGGGCCGGCUGCAGAGCUUUCCGCCUCCAGAGCAAGGAGAUCGGAGAGGACCUGGCACGUCCUGGAAUCCUCUCGCUAAACCUGGAAAAUCCAUCAUCCCGGAGUUCUCUAACUCCCCUCCCGACCCGGGCGCUUGAACUCGAAGCAAGACCUCCCUCCGCAGCUCCCAGCAGCAGCUGAUCCUCACACGCCCACUACUUGCAAGGAGGGCAGAGGGGCAUCAGAGAGAUGAUCUGGCUGUGGUUAGGGCUGGUCGGGCGGAAGCUGUUGCUCUGGGGCGCAGCAAGCGCGGUCUCCGUGGCCGGCGCCACAAUCCUACUCAACAUCCUGCAGAUGGUGGCGAGCUACGCGCGGAAAUGGCUGCAGAUGCGGCCUAUCCCGUCGGUGACCCGCGCCUACCCCUUGGUGGGACACGCGCUGUUGAUGAAGCCCAACAGCGCAGAAUUCUUUCAGCAGUUAAUUCAGUACACGGAAGAAUUCCGACACCUGCCCGUCAUUAAGCUUUGGAUUGGGCCGGUGCCCAUGGUGGCCCUUUACAAGGCGGAGACUGUGGAGGUCAUUUUGACCAGUUCGAAGCAAAUUGAUAAAUCAUUUAUGUACAAGUUCCUACAACCAUGGCUGGGACUAGGACUUCUCACAAGUACUGGGAACAAGUGGCGCUCCAGGAGGAAGAUGCUGACGCCCACUUUCCAUUUUACAAUCCUGGAGGAUUUCUUGGAUGUCAUGAACGAGCAAGCAAAUAUACUGGUUAAAAAGCUUGAAAGCCAUGUCGGUCAAGAAGCAUUUAACUGCUUUUUUCACAUCACUCUUUGCGCGUUGGACAUCAUCUGUGAAACAGCUAUGGGAAAGAACAUUGGAGCUCAAGGUAAUGACGACUCUGAGUAUGUCCGGUCAGUGUAUAGGAUGAGUGAUAUGAUACACAGAAGAAUGAAGAUGCCCUGGUUUUGGUUUGACCUUUGGUACCUUAUGUUUAAAGAAGGACGGGAGCACAGAAGGAGCCUCAAGAGACUACAUACCUUCACCAACAAUGUCAUUGCUGAACGGGCCAAUGAAAUGAAGGCCGAGGAAGACUGCACGGGUGCUGGCAGGGGUCCUGGUCCCUCCAAAAGUAAACGCAAGGCUUUUCUUGACUUGCUUUUGAGUGUGACUGAUGAGGAAGGAAACAAAUUAAGCCAUGAAGACAUCCGAGAGGAAGUUGACACUUUCAUGUUUGAGGGUCACGAUACAACUGCAGCUGCCAUAAACUGGUCCUUGUACCUGUUGGGUUGUUAUCCUGAAGUCCAGCGAAAAGUGGACAAGGAGCUGGAUGAAGUCUUUGGAAGAUCCCAUCGCCCCGUCACCCUGGAAGACCUGAAGAAGCUUAAAUAUCUGGAUUGUGUCAUUAAAGAGACUCUUCGCAUUUUCCCAUCUGUCCCUUUAUUUGCCCGGAGUCUUACAGAAGACUGUGAAAUGGCCGGUUACAGAAUCGCCAAAGGCACCGAAGCAGUCAUCAUUCCUUAUGCCUUGCACCGGGACCCCAGAUAUUUCCCAGAUCCCGAGGAAUUCCAGCCGGAGCGGUUCUUUCCCAAGAAUUCCCAAGGACGCCACCCCUAUGCCUACGUGCCCUUUUCUGCUGGGCCUAGAAACUGUAUUGGUCAGAGGUUCGCUGUGAUGGAGGAGAAGACCAUCCUUGCCUGUCUCCUGAGGCACUUUUGGGUAGAAUCCAACCAGAAGAGAGAAGACCUCGGCCUGUCUGGAGAUUUGAUUCUUAGGCCAAAUAAUGGCAUCUGGAUCAAGCUGAAGAGGAGACACGAAGAGGAACCCCAGCUCAGUCCUUGAGCUGUGACCUCACCAUGACGAAGGUCAUUCCAUAAGAAACAUGGCAUUUGCAACUUGUAGAUUAUCGGAUGAAAAUGCUGAAUCCUCAGACUUGAUUAUCUUUUCUUGUUCUCACUGACCUUGGGACCCAGUCUAUCACUGAGAGUUUCUGUAUGUUUAUUACCAACACAGUUGCCUUCUCUUUGUCUCAAAAAAGGCACCCUUAGCUACCUGAGUUAGCACCCAAAUAAACAUGUAGCAACAGUUACAACAGGGGGGUCAUCAACCUGUUCAACUUCAUUUAUU